UUCUCUGUCUCCCCCAGAGCGCCGUGAACGUGCCCAGGGACUUCGAGGGCUGCAGCACACUGAGGAAAUACUUUGGCCAGCUCCACUACCUGCAAAGCAGGAUCCCCAUGGGCGCCGAGCAGGAGGCUGCAGUCCCCAUUGCAUGGACAGAGAUCUUUUCAGGCAAGACAGUGACUCAUGAGGACAUCAAGUAUGAGCAGGCUUGCAUCCUGUACAACCUGGGUGCGCUGCACUCCAUGCUGGGCGCCAUGGACAAGAGAGUGUCUGAGGAGGGCAUGAAGGUUUCAUGCACCCAUUUCCAGUGUGCUGCCGGUGCCUUUACCUACCUGCGGGACCACUUCCCCCACUCCUACAGCGUGGACAUGAGCCACCAGAUCCUCAACCUCAACAUCAACCUCAUGCUGGGCCAGGCACAGGAGUGUCUGCUGGAGAAGUCCAUGCUGGACAACAGGAAGAGCUUCCUUGUGGCCCGGAUCAGCGCUCAGGUGGUGGAUUACUACAAAGAGGCCUGCCGGGCCUUGGAGAACUCAGAGACAGCCUCGCUGCUGGGAAAGAUCCAGAAGGACUGGAAGAAGCUGGUUCAAAUGAAGAUCUACUAUUUUGCUGCCGUGGCCCAUCUGCACAUGGGAAAACAGGCCGAAGAGCAGCAGAAGUUUGGGGAAAGGGUCAUCUACUUCCAGAGUGCACUGGAUAAACUCAAUGAAGCUAUCAAGCUGGCAAAGGGACAGCCAGAAACUGUCCAGGAAGCCCUGAGAUUCACUAUGGAUGUGAUCGGUGGCAAGUACAACUCAGCCAAAAAAGACAACGAUUUCAUCUACCAUGAAGCUGUGCCUGCCUUGGACACCCUGCAGUCUGUGAAAGGUGCUCCACUGGUGAAAGCCCUCCCUGUCAACCCUACGGACCCUGCUGUCACUGGCCCUGAUAUCUUUGCCAAGCUGGUGCCCAUGGCUGCCCACGAGGCUUCUUCACUGUACAGUGAGGAGAAGGCCAAACUGCUGAGAGACGUAAUGGCAAAGAUUGAAGCCAAGAAUGAAGUGCUGGACCAGUUCAUGGACUCCAUGCAGCUGGACCCUGAGACAGUGGACAACCAGGACAUGUACAGCCACAUCCCCCCCCAUCUGAUGGAGAAGUGUGCCGCGCUCAGCGUGCGCCCCGACACCGUCAAGAACCUCGUCCAGUCCAUGCAGGUGCUCUCUGGGGUGUUCACUGAUGUGGAGGCCUCACUGAAGGAGAUCCGGGACCUGCUUGAGGAGGACGAGGCUCAGGAACGCAAGCUGCAGGAGCUGCUGGGGAAGGGCUCAGUGCCACAGGGCUCCCCGCCACCACCAUCCUCCACAGGGUUGGCUGAGGUCAGCAAGGAGUGUUCCAAGUACAUGGAGCUGCACGAGAAGGCCAGCUUCACCAACACAGAGCUGCACAAAGCCAUGAACCUGCACAUUGGCAACCUGCGCCUGCUCAGCGGGCCGCUGGAACAGGUCCGGGCUGCGCUGCCCUCACCCACACUGAGCGAAGAUGACAAACAGGUGCUGCAGAACCUGAAGAGAAUCCUGGGCAAGGUGCAGGAGAUGAGGGACCAGCGGAUGUCCCUGGAGCAGCAGCUGCGUGAGAUGAUUCAGAAGGACGAUAUCACCACCUCACUGGUCACCACUGAUCGCUCUGAGAUGAAGAAACUCUUUGAGGAGCAGCUGAAGAAGUAUGACCAGAUCAAGGUAUACUUGGAGCAGAAUCUGGCUGCGCAGGAGAACAUCUUGAAGGCCCUGACAGAUGCCAAUGUCAAAUAUGCAGCUGUGCGCAAGGCCCUGGCUGAGGUGGAGCACAAGUGGAACACCACUGUUCAGACCUUGGUGGCCUCCUACGAAGCCUACGAGGACCUGAUGAAGAAAUCUCAGGAGGGGAAGGACUUCUACACCGACCUGGAGGGGAAAGCUGCCAAGCUGCUGGAGAGGGCACGGGCAGCCUGCCAGGCUGCUGAAGCCAACAGGCAGCAGAUCUUGGAGAAGGAAAUGAAGAAGCACCCACCCCCUCGUCCCACAGCCCCCAAACCCUCCCUGCAGAAGAAGCCAUUGGAGCUGGAAGCCGAGGGGCCAGAAGUGGGCGACCUCCCCCCGCUGGCCUCCCUGGCCUUGGCCGACCUGCCCGAGGACCUGCGCAGCCUCCCCCCCGACGUCCUGGCCGCGCAUCUCGCCCGCCUGCCGCCCUCCACGCUGGCCGCGCUCGCCCUCGAUCCCGCCCUGCCUGCGGGGCUGCGGCCCCCCGGCCCCGACCUCUUCGCUCCCAGGCUGGCGAGCGCACCGCUGCAGCCCGGCCAGCCCUUCGCCCCGCCGCGCUUCCCCGCCCUCCCCGGGCAUUACGGGCUGCCGCCGGCGCCCGCUGCCGGCCCGGCUCCCUUUCCCCACGUCUCCGGAGCUCCGGUAGUGCCGGCGCAGCUCCUGCAGCCCUCCGCCCCCCAGGUGAGCGGGCCGCCCCCCAGCUCGGCCCCUUCCUCUGCCCCUCAGCUUUUCCCCGCCGCUUCCCUGCUGCGGGGUGCGGUGCAGCCCCGGCCGCCGUUGGCGCAACCCGGUUACCCGGUGCCCCGCCUGCUUCCCCCGCGCUCCUCCCCGCAGCACGGCCCCGCCGCGGCUCCCGCUGCUUCCUACGGCCUUGGCCAACCGGGGCUGCCCCCGCCCGGCCCCGUCAGACCCCCGGCCGUGGGUCCGACCCCCGUGGCCGUCCCCGAGCAAAACCCGCCUGCGCGCCCGGCCACCACCACCGUGGACAGCGUGCAGGCGCCCAUCUCCAGCUGCGCGGCCCCUCCGCGGCUCCCGGGGCCGGCGCCGUUCCCUCCCGCAGCAGCCGCUCCCUUCCUCCCCCCGGCCCGCCCGCAGGUCUCGCUGCCCUUCCAGCCCCCGGCCCGGCCCCCGUUACCCCCCCAAGGCCCCUUUGCCCAGCAGCCCUUCUCCGGCCCCGUAGGGCAGCUGCCUCCCGGGCAGCCCCCGCUGCGGCCCCAGCUCUACCAGCUGCCCCCCGGGCAAGACAAACUGCCGCCCCCCGGGCUCCCCCCUCACGGCGGGUCCCUCCCGUUCGGCACGGCGGUGCCCGGACCCCCCGGUCAGAGCGGCCCUAUGGCGCAGCCCAUGCACGGUGCUCUGCAGCCCGUGCCCGGCGGUUCUCCGGCUCUACCCUUCUGUCCCAGCCCCGCUCCGUGCCACCCCCCCGCCCCCCUGAGGCCCCCCCAGCCCUCCCCCGCCCCAUCUCCAGGCCCCGUCCUCAGCCAGGUUCAAGGCCCCGUGGUGGUGCCGUGCCCUCUCGUCCCUUCCCCGGCCCCAUCCCCGCAGCCUCCCGUGCAGCCCCCGCCGUUGGUGCCCGGCGCGGUGCCUCACAGACCCCCGCCGUCGCUGACCCCCGCGCCGGGCACAGCCGAGACCGCCUUCCAGCGCCAGAGCUCCUCCACCGACGACCUCCUGUCCUCCAGCCCCGAGAGCCAACACGGCGGCUCCAAGGCGGCCGUGGGGCAACCCCUAUUGCAGCCCACCAAGGCGGACGCCAAGGAGGGUCAGAAGCCCAAAGCGGUGCAGCUGAUCGAGAACGAUCCCUACGAGAAACCCGAGCGCGUUUUGCGGCUGCGGGCUGAGCUGGAGCGCUUCCGAGCGCUGCUGCAGCGCCUGGAGCAGACGGAGCCCGGCGGCGCCGCGGAGCUGGACGCGCUCUGGAAGGAGCUGCAGGACGCCCAGGAGCGCGACGCCCGACAGCUCUCCAUCGCCAUCGCCCGCUGCUAUUCCAUGAAGAACCGACACCAGGACAUCAUGCCCUACGACAGGAACCGCGUGGUGCUCCGCUCGGGCAAAGACGACUACAUCAACGCCAGCAGGGUGGAGGAUCUGUCCCCGUACUGCCCGACCAUCAUCGCCACGCAGGCGCCACUGCUCGGCACCGCCGCCGACUUUUGGCUCAUGAUCUACGAGCAGAAAGUGUCCGUGGUUGUCAUGCUGGUGUCGGAGCAGGAGCUGGAGAAGCAAAAAGUGCUGCGGUAUUUCCCGACGGAGCGGGGCCAGCCGGUGGUGCAGGGUCCCAUCACUCUCGUCCUCAGCAGCGUGAAGGCGGCCCCGACCCACGUGGAGCGGAUGAUAACGCUGCAGUAUCGCGAUCAGAGCCUGAAGCGCACCGUCAUCCAUCUGCAGUUCACCUCCUGGCCGGAGCUGGGUCUGCCCGACAGCAAGGCGAGCCUGCUGCGCUUCAUCCAGGACGUGCACGGCCACUACCUGCACCAGCGCCCGCUGCACACCCCCAUCGUCGUGCACUGCAGUUCCGGCGUGGGCCGCACCGGUGCGUUCUGCCUGCUGUACGCUGCCGUGCAGGAGGUGGAGGCGGGGAACGGCAUCCCUGAGCUGGCGCAGCUGGUGAGACGCAUGCGGCAGCAGCGCAAGCACAUGCUGCAGGAAAAGCUGCACCUCAAGUUCUGCUACGAGGCCGUCCUGCAGCACGCCGAGCAGCUGCUGCACCGCCACGGGGUGGGCGCUCCGGCCGUCCCCAAAGCCAACACGUGGGGGGUGACGGAGCUUCUCCCGCAGCUCUACUUCCAGCAGGACCCGCAGGAUCUGGUGCUGGGCGGCGAUGUGCCCAUCAGCUCCAUCCAGGCCACCAUCGCCAAGCUGAGCAUCAAACCGCCGGGCGGGGGGGAGGGAGGGGGGUGCUGGGGGCCGGAAAUCGCCCCUGUGCCCAACGCUGCUGCUGUGGAGGCUGUGCCUGUGCCCGUGCUGCCUGAUGAUGUGAUGGACGGAGGGACAGGGACGGAUGGAGGGACGGCGGUGGAUGGUGUCUGCGCCCCCAAACCUGAGCCGGUGCCAGAGCCACCGGGUGACACCGAGAGCAGCAACCACGUGGAGGAGAUCCCCCCACCAGCCCCCGCUGCCCCCCCGGCGCCCACCUCCUCCCUGGAGCUCCUCGCCUCGCUCACUCCCGAGGCUUUCACGUUGGACGCGUCGCUGAAGGGCAAACAGCGCAUGAACAAACAGAACUUCCUGCAGGCACAGACGGGAGAAGGGCUGCGGGCACCCCGGCCCAGCGAUGACCCGCUCAGCAUGCUCGACCCCCUCUGGACACUCAACAAGAGCUGAGGGGUGGCUCAGCCCACCCUCCCCCAGCAGCACUACAGCCCCCAGCUCUGUGGGGCCCGGUGGGGCACGGCCUCCCUCCACCCUCUGCUUCGUGCAGCGUCACACGGGCGCUCAGCUCGGCCUUUCACUCUGAGCAGAACUGACUUUUUCAGCUCUUUGCUACUAAAAUAAAGAGAGUUUGAUCUGGCACUGAA